AUGACCAAUGACCUCAAAACACCACCUGAAACCGCCAUACAGCUACAUAAUGAUCAAACCCCAACCACCAAAGUUGCUGCCGAGGCUGAAACAGGCACCAUGAGUGGAUCGUUGAGGCCAUUGGUUUCUUCCAGCUCCACCACAAAGUUUUCACGGAAUUAUCACAAAUCGAGUAUCUCAGUUUUUGGAUUUGAUCUACCGCUUAACUCCAGGUGGUCCUUAUCUGGCUCCUUCCAGUAUGUGGUUGGAGUAUCAUCCGUUGUUGGAGUCCACUCUCUUGUUCAACUAGUAAUGACCAUUUCAAGAAUGCUAAGAAAGUCAUUGGUUUUUUCCUCUAGAAGCCAUGCAUGGCUUAUUUUUGCUAGCGACCAGGUGCUUGCAUAUGCGAUGAUAAGUGCCGGAUCGGCUGCAACGGGUGUGACCAAUCUCAAUCGAACGGGGAUCAAACACACGGCUCUACCCAAUUUUUGUAAGCCGUUACAUUCCUUUUGUGAACGUGUUGGGGUUUCAAUAGGGUUUGCAUUCUUCAACUGCGUCCUGCUUGCCAUUUCUGCAUUUCUUGACGUAGUUUGGCUAUCUAGUUAA